UGGUGUGUGAUAGGAAUUUUAAUAAAUUCCCCAAUAGCGACAAAUUGAAACAUCAUUUGUUUUGGACUACUUUUUGGACAUGAUCAGUCAUGAUUGGAUACAUAUUGAUACAGGUUUCGAAAUGAAUAAAAAUAAUUAUUGCAUUGAGUCUAGCUUGAUCCCAAGCAAAACUCGGGCACAACGAGAGACACGCGAUGUUCCUUGUAAAACUGACGCCAAUCAUUGCACAUCGCAAAACAUGCGAGAGCAAGAAGCAAUAUUGUAUCUGAAAGAAAAGAGGAUUCCUGAUAUCAUCGAUUUUUUGAUGGGCGAUCUUCUGGUACGCCGACCCUACGAUCCUUUCGAAUAUCUGACCCAACUCCUAGACAAAUGCAUCCUGUCUCGUAACGGUCUCGUCGAUCCUCCUUCCUCUUUUUCUUUACGGUAAAAAAAAAAUAUAUAUAUUUGUGUACGUAUGUAUUUUGCUCUCUCCUGUACUACAUAAAACUAAUUCUUUAAGGAUAUAAUAAGGCGUGCUAAACAGUCACAAAGAU